CUUUCUUAUAGAAAAUCACAUUCGCUCUCCGAUCACGAAUACAAACAGUCAAAUCAACCACAAUGGUUUUCAAAUACGUUGUCUUCUGCGCCGCUUUGGCUGCCGUCCAAGCUGGAGGAUUAUUGGAACCAGCAGUUUAUUCUUCUCCUUUUGCCUAUUCAAGCUACGCCGCUCCCGCUGUAGCUAAAGUAGCAACUUAUGCCGCCCCAGCUCCAGUUGCCUACGCUGCUGCUGCUCCCGUAGCAUACUCUGCACCAGUUGUUACCAAGUCCGUCGCCCCAGCCGUAUCUUACGCCAGCACCAGGACGUACUCAACUCAUCCAUCUCCAGUUGCUUACACCGCCCCAAUCGCCCAUGCUCCAGUAGCUUACAAUGCACCAAUUGCCCACGCCCCAGUCGCCUACAGCGCCCCAGCUGUAAGCUACUCUGCUGCUCCAGUUUUAGCUAAAACUUACGCUGCUCCAGCUGUAACUUACUCAGCGGCUCCAGCAGUUGCUUAUUCCGCUCCAUCCCCAAUCUACGCCAAAAGUUAUGCUGCCCCAGCUUUGACUUACUCAGCUGGUCCAGUUGUAGCCAAAACCUACGCUGCCGCUCCAGCUUGGUAAAUAAAUUUUUUAGCAGAUCAAUAGCUGCUAAGUAAUCAACCAUAUCAGAAAAGUUUGUUGUAAUUUUAACGUAAAUAAAUUUGUAAAACAACACAAACUAUGAAAUAUGUACAUAAUAAAGAAUAUUUAAUGCAA